AGGGGUGUGUCAGCUGAAAGUACCGUCAAGUACAUUCCAGCACAGGCAAUAUAAGUAUUCUGGUCCAAGAACGGAGCGAGAGAGGGAAAAAAAGUUUCCAAAACUUUUCAUACGCUGAGGGAUAAUUACUCAGAGGGAAGAAGAGGAGGUUUCGUCGCUGAUCCAAAGAAGAACCCACACAGAGAAAAAUGCCAGGCGAGCGGUUGACAGUAAGAGGCACGUCGGAGAUUGGGCGUUACCCCGGAGCAGCCCCACCCACCAGGGUCGAGCUGAGCAUUCAGAAAGAGGGGGAGAAGAAACAGGAAGAGGGAGGCUGUCGCCGGUGGUUCAGGAAGAUGUGCCCGUGCUGCUGUAAGCGCCAGAACAGCACCUCCUAUGAUAUCACAGACAAGGUUGAACUGGUCAAACCCCCUACCCCGGGUCCAGAGCCUGUCAAACCAAAAGCUGAGAAUGGAGAGGCAAAGGAAAUGGAAGAAAUAAAGUUGUCGGUGCGUUCGGUGGACCUGCUGAGCUCCAAGACCGGUCAGAACAGACAGGAGCAUCACACUGACCUGUAUCACGACGAUGAGCUGAUCAUCCGCAGAGGACAGACCUUCCAGAUGGAGCUAGAGCUGAACAGGCCAUUCAAUGCUGACACUGACAAGCUGCAUCUGGACCUGCGAACAGGUCCCCUGCCCAUGGUGUCCAAAGGCACCCACGUCAUCAUUCCACUGGUGGAUCACCUGGAGGAUGAACGCUGGGAGGCAAAAAUCGUAGAGCAAAAUGGCAACAAGAUCAAGCUGUCUGUCAACUCGCCGGCCAAUGCUGUGAUCGGUCUGUACGGGCUCAGUGUGACGACUGGCUCUCUCAAGGGUGAAAGCACAACUACCCACAACUCCAGCAAGAACAUCGUCAUGCUCUUCAACCCCUGGUGUGAAGAGGACACAGUGUUCCUGGAUGAUGAGGAGGAGAGGAAGGAGUAUGUGCUGAAUGACACUGGGAGGAUUUACUAUGGCACAGAGAAACAAAUCGGUGCCCGUACAUGGAACUUUGGGCAGUUUCAUGAAGGAAUCCUGGAUGCAUGUCUGUUCAUCCUGGAGAAGAGUGAUAUGCCUCCAUCUGGUCGAGGGGAUCCUGUCAACGUGGUCAGGGUCAUAUCUGCCAUGAUAAACGCUCAGGAUGACUUUGGGGUUCUGGUUGGGAACUGGUCUGGGAAUUACUCUGAUGGGGUCUCUCCUGCUGCAUGGAGCAGCAGCGUGGAGAUCCUGAGGAAAUACCACUCCACUGAUGGCACGCCUGUGUCAUAUGGACAGUGCUGGGUCUUUUCUGGGGUCACUACAACAGUGCUGCGCUGUCUUGGAAUACCGGCCCGCAGUGUGACCAACUUCCAGUCUGCUCAUGAUACUGAUGUGUCUCUCACUACAGAUGUGUAUUUUGAUGAGAAUAUGGAGCCGCUCGACUACCUCAAUAAUGACUCUGUAUGGAAUUUCCAUGUAUGGAAUGACUGCUGGAUGGCUAGACCAGACCUGCCUCCUGGUAAUGGAGGCUGGCAGGCUGUUGACUCCACUCCCCAGGAGACAAGCCAGGGCACCUUCCGCUGUGGCCCUGCCUCUGUCAACGCCAUCCGCUCUGGCCAGGUCUACCUCAAACACGACACGCCUUUUGUCUUUGCUGAGGUCAACAGUGAUAAGAUCUACUGGCAGAGGAACCUGGAUGGUACUUUCAGCCAGAUCCACAGUGAGAAGAAAGCUGUCGGCCACUACAUCAGCACCAAAGCUGUGGGCUCUGACGAGCGGGCAGACAUCACACAUCUGUACAAACACCAAGAAGGUUCAGAAGAGGAACGCAUCGCUGUGGAGACAGCUAGUCGCUAUGGCAGCAAGCCAGACGCCUACUCUACGCCUGUGGCAGAGGACGUGACUGUGGAGGUGAAGAUGGACGGUGAGGGGCCCAGGAUGGGUGCCGAUGCUAAGCUCAGCAUCCUGGUGAAAAACCUGAGCUCACAGCCUCGCCAGGCAACACUGCACAGCCAGGUGGCCGUCAUGUACUACACUGGUGUGCUGAAGGGCACCAUCAAGAAGGAGCAGAUGUCUGUGGAGCUUUCACCCAAUGAAGAAAAGACCAUUGAGUGGAUUCUGCCCUACCAGCAAUAUCAAGAUCAGCUGGUGGAUCAGGCAGCCCUGAUGCUGACCUUGUCUGGAAGAGUCAGUGAGACCCAGCAAGUGUUAGCCAACCAGACCACUUUCAGGCUCCGUACGCCUGACCUCAACAUCACGCCUUUGGGAGAAGCUGUGGUUGGUAAGGAGAUGGCAGCAAAGAUCACCUUCACCAACCCCCUGCCACGUACACUAAAGGGUGUGGUGUUCAGAGUGGAGGGCCUGGGUCUACAAAAGGGCCAUGAAGUGGUUGUAGGUGACGUCAGUGGUCACUCCACGGUGACUUUGACGGAGCACUUCAUCCCCACCCAGCCCGGACCCAGGAAGCUGGUGGCGUCUCUCGACUGCAAACAGCUCACACAAGUGCAUGGAGUGGCCAAUGUUGUUGUUCUUGAAAAAUGAGAGGGAGCUAGCGACAUCACUCUUAUCUUAUGGAAUAUAAACCGAAAGCCUCUAAUUAUAUAAAAUCUGCAAUCAUUAACCAUCUGUUUAUUUUAUAUUUAAAAAAAAAAAGAAUUUUGAUAUUUUUAAAGCUAUGAAUAGACAAUUAACAACUGUAGCAUUAUCAGUAUUAUUUUUUUUAACUUGAAACAGUAUAAAUUCACACAUAUGCCUGAAUGUUAAACCUGUGGUUAAGUAUGCAGCAGGGUUUAAAUGCAUGUAUAUGAUGAAGUUAUUAAAUUGUCACAUUACAUACACUGCUUUAACAUCAGUGCAUUUCAAGACACUGAACAAAACACAUGAAGGUGCAGUCAGGUCAUCAGUAUUUUGUGAUAAUGAAAAUACUGUAUGUAUUAUACAUAUAGUUUGUCAUAAGAAAAAACGUAUGUGAAAAGUAUUUUUAGACAAAAUGAACCACUCAUGGCUUAAAUGAAGGAAGCGUACUGUGAAAUGUUUUGAAAGGGGAUGAUGCUGAAAUUGGUGUUAGCAUUUUGCAAAGGGCACAUCGGAAUUCCCCAUGCUUAUUCUGUCACAUUUGACUGUAAAAUUUGUUAUCAAAGUUGAAAGAUAAAUGAUAAUGAAAUCUGAUAAAUGAAAUCUGCACAGACAUUGCUGAAAGGUUAUUGUAACCAGAUGAAAUGCAAAUUCAAGAUGGCUCCUUUAUUUUGAAAACCCACAAGCUGUCACUUAUGAAAGUGAAACAUCUCCAUUUGCAUGAUGCAAACCCAAAUGUGCCCUCUUUGCCAGAUGUUGCUCUGUAUGUUUUGUGUAUUUCUCUGGGUAUAUAAUUACACUGACAUGCCUUACAGUAUUUUGAAAUAUACCUGCAAAAUUGGACUUGCCUCUGUUGUGAAUUGCUGACAAUCAUAUCACAACAGAGACCAGAGUGGCCUUGAUUCACCUUAGCUUUACUGGUUCUAGUCUGUUUGCUUCAGCACUCAAAGUACAAUGUGAAGGAACUAUUUUAACAUUAUACUAUUUAUCUACCUUAUCUACCUGGAUUGUUUUUGUAUUUUCUGUGUUGUGUUGGUAAUAAAACUUACACUGAAAUGAU